GGACAGGGAAGUAUGUUGAGGUGGAGGCUAACAUGAAAAUGACCAGAGCUUUUUGGACCUAUAAUUGAGAUGGCAGUUGGCCUGAAUCCUCCUGAAAAAGAGUGGAAGACCAGUCAGUGAAUUAUGAAUGUUCAACAAGAUGACCUCCUCUCAGCAGCAGAUGAUGCCAGGUCCUAGGUGGAACCGGGCCUUGUCCGACCCUUUAUUUGUGCUGCUCUUAGCCCUCCAGUUGCUGGUGGUGGCAGGACUGGUGCGUGCACAAACCUGUCCUUCAGUUUGCUCCUGUAGUAACCAGUUUAGCAAGGUUAUUUGCACCCGCAGAAGUUUGCGAGAAGUUCCUGAUGGAAUCUCUACCAACACACGGUAUUUGAACUUGCAAGAAAAUCUCAUUCAGGUCAUUAAGGUGGAUAGCUUCAAACAUCUAAGACAUUUGGAGAUUUUGCAGCUAAGCAAAAACCACAUACGUAAAAUUGAGCUAGGGGCUUUCAAUGGACUGGCAAGUCUCAAUACCUUGGAGCUUUUUGAUAAUAGACUUACUACCAUUCCAAAUGGAGCAUUUGAGUACCUGUCCAAACUGAAGGAGCUCUGGCUUAGAAACAACCCAAUAGAAAGCAUUCCAUCCUAUGCUUUUAACAGAGUUCCGUCAUUACGAAGGUUGGACCUAGGCGAACUCAAACGGCUCUCAUACAUAUCAGAGGGGGCUUUUGAGGGACUGAGCAAUCUGCGCUACUUAAAUUUGGGAAUGUGCAAUCUGAAGGAAAUUCCCAACCUCACACCCUUGGUGAAGCUUGAUGAACUUGAAAUGUCUGGAAACCAGCUAUCUAUUAUCCGACCUGGUUCAUUUAAAGGGCUUAUCCACUUGCAGAAGCUAUGGAUGAUGCAUGCUCAGAUCCAGACAAUAGAAAGGAACUCAUUUGAUGACCUUCAGUCACUUGUGGAGCUCAACCUUGCCCACAAUAAUCUUACACUUUUGCCCCAUGAUCUCUUCACUCCUUUACAUCACUUGGAGAGGGUGCACUUGCAUCACAACCCAUGGAAUUGCAACUGUGAUAUCCUUUGGCUAAGUUGGUGGCUUAAGGAGAUGGUACCAGCAAACACCAGCUGCUGUGCUCGCUGCAGCUCACCCACUCAGUAUAAGGGUCGAUACAUUGGUGAGCUGGACCAGAAUUACUUUCACUGUUAUGCUCCCGUUAUCGUGGAGCCCCCCGCAGACUUAAAUGUAACAGAGGGAAGUGCUGCAGAGUUGAAAUGUAGAGCCAGCUCAUUGACCUCUGUGAGCUGGAUUACACCCAAUGGUUCAAUAAUGACACAUGGUGCAUACAAAGUCAGAAUCUCUGUGCUAAAUGAUGGCACACUGAAUUUUACUAAUGUUACCAUGCAGGACACAGGGACGUACACAUGUAUGGUUAGUAAUUCUGCAGGUAACACAACAGCCUCAGCAACACUUAAUGUGUCCUCUACAGAGAACAGCAGCUUUAGCUACUUCACCACAGUGACAGUAGAGACAAUAGAAACACCUCAUAAUGAAGGCUUUACCACCACUGUUCAACAGAAAGUGGGCCCCACACCCUCUGCAGGUAUAUGGGAAACUCAUUCACCCACCUCAACAACCACAAAAGUUCGAACCCCACUCUCCACACGUGCAACGGAAAAGCCCUACACAAUUCCUGUGACAGAAGGCUCGCUCAACGGUUUGGAUGAGGUUAUGAAGACAACAAAAAUCAUCAUUGGCUGCUUUGUUGCAAUCACUCUUAUGGCAGCAGUCAUGCUGAUCAUCUUCUACAAGAUGCGCAAGCAGCAUCACCAGCAGAAUCAUCAUGCACCCACACGCACUAUUGAGAUCAUCAAUGUGGAUGAGGACUGCGUCACAGGGGGCCCAGGAAUGGAGGGUCACCUUACUCUGCCGUCUCUGGAGCAUGAGCAACUUAACCACUACAAUACCUAUAAGAUUGCCUACAACCAUGCUUCUACUAUGAAUUCCAUACACAGCUCAGCACAUGAACCUUUGUUAAUCCGGGCCACCUCAAAAGACAAUGUACAAGAGACCCAAAUCUAACACUUUUUGACAGACUUGUAAAACUGUUGGUAUUACACAGUGGCAGUACUGACAGGACACUACUUACAACUGGUUUAGAGGACUAAACAUGGAGGAACACAAUAAUGUUUAGCAAAUCACUUGGCAGUGAUUUUCUUUUAUUGACUUUGGGAUUUAGAAUAUGUCUACUGUUUCAAAAUGUCUUUACAAAACAGAAAUUAUUUAUUUAAGAAAAAAUAUUGUGGUUGAAUCAAGAAAAAAAGAAUUCUGAAACUUUUCCAUCUAUUAAUAUGUUUUUUCUUCCUCCUGUCAUGUAAAAAAUACUUGUUUACAGAUAUGGUUUAUCUCUGUCAGAAGGCAUCUGUUGAGAAAAAACUAACAAUCAUUGUUUUAAGCUGGUAUUUUAGUGAUAUUACAGAGUUGUACGUGAAUAACCCCAUUCACCACACCUAUGAGAAAGAUUUAGAACAAUUAAGUUUUUUUUUCCAUCAGUGGAUAAAAUGAUUGAAUCAUUUGUGGCCAUCUUAGACAUGAUCAUAUAAAACCCACCAAAAAGGGAAAGUGAAAGUUAUGGAAUCUGACCAUAAUUCAAUGGUUAAUUAAAACUGUCACAAACAUUAGGCACUCUCUGCUCUGUAAUCAAGAGACUAAACGUUCCGGAAAAAAGAAAUUAGAUUCUGCUUAUGAAAGCUGUUUAAAGGAAGUUCAUUACUAAUGAUUUUAUUUUUCUCUUAGAUUAAAUUUUAUUGAUCUAAAUGUUUUCUGUCCCUAAUCUGUAAGCAAAAUACAAUUAUACAUCUAAUCUCAAACUUGCCUUGACUCAAAUCUAUGUCUAUUUAGAAAUAUAAUAUACUAUUGACUUCAUAAAAAAUUACUGGGGUUCUGGGAGUCAUAUCAGCAUUAAUAAAUACUUUAGACACAUUACUGUAAUUUAAGAGGAUGGGAAUAGUGUGAGUGUUUACAAUAGACAUCCUGGAAAAUUCCCCUUGUUUGAAAUCUCUCAGAUGUAUUCUGACCUCACAUUUAUCUUUUAAUGCGAUGUACUGGUGCAUAUUAAGGUGACUUCUUUUUUUCAUUUGUUUUGAGUCAUUUUACUGAGAUCUGUCAUUUCUUUUGGAGCACUGCUAGGAGAGCUAUCAGAACCAGAGCAACAAACUGCAGAAAAAAAGCCCUUUAUAUAGCUAUCUGACCACAUUGCCUGUCAUUUAUGCGCCACAUUUUUACAUUGAGAUGCUUGGUAGCCCUAGCUUACAUCCCGCUCCUGCAAGCCAAAAGACUUGGCUCUGUGAUGUAAGGCUUAUGUGACAAGAGGCUUUACAUUUAUGCAGAAUAUGUGGCAUCAGGCAUCAACCAGAUGUUUGAGUUCCACCUGCCUCUCUUCCUUUCCCUUAGUGACAACAGAAUUUACAUUUUAAUUGAUGUGCCCAUGGGCUUUGUAUGGACACAGUUCUGCAGGCACUCAAAGCCAGGAAGCCAUUUUAAAGUCCCUGCUGUGAACAUGGUGCCAAGCUUCAUAAAUGCUGUCGUUAGGCAGAUGGUCCUAUGUUUACUUUUAGCAAGUAAACAGGGUUCUUCUUUUUAAACUACAAGAUAUAUUUGGUUAAAGGCAUUGUCACACUUUUGAUCACAUUAAAGGAGUAGGACAUCUAAACAUUCAGAAAACAUUUCAUUGAACCUAAAGUUGGAACCCCAUUCUAAAGCCUCACAUGUAAAACAUUUUGAGCUGUACUGAUCUCUAUAAAUCAGAUGAACGAAGUAGCAAUUGUUGUGACGAAAUGCAAUAUUGACCCCUCAAGUAAUUUCUACUGUCUUAUAUUAUUGUACCAUGAUAAUCUAUUAAAAGUAACAUUCAUCUUAAAAUCUGUAUUUUUAAAGGGAUUUGGAUUUUAAGGUCUUACUUGGUAAAAAUGUUGAACAAAAAUAUAACAUAAGCUCCAUCAAAUCGUAAACAUCUCCUCUGAGGUUUGCUUGACUCAAAAAUACAAAAGAAGACCAUAAAGAUCUAAGAGAAUGCUUCUUAUGUCCCAUAUUUACUGAAAAUGUUAAAUACUUUAUAACCAAUAAGGCAGAAUCUUUCCUUCAUCCAUUGUCCUGCACUUAGUGGCUGAUAUAUGUGACACAUCCUGAACAGGUUCCCAGUCUAUCAAAUGACAGUACACAGACACACAGGACACAACCAUAAGCACUCAAAUGUAUAUCAAAUUUAGAGAGACUAAACCUUACAGUCUUUUUUGUUUUUAACUGUUGGAAGAAGCCAGAGAAACUAGGAAGAAUCCAUGCAUGCACAGGGUGAACACUUGAACUCCAUGCACACACCACCUUAUUUUUGAAAAGCAACAAUUCUACCAACUGCACAGUGUGCAGCCUGGGAGUUACAAUGGUAAUAAUUUACGCUGAACUAAAGCUAACAUCCGAACUAAUGGCAUAAGAAAUAAAAUGUUCUCAAAACUUUUAUUUAUCUUAAUAUUCUGAAAUUACUAUACUUGUAUUUCGUAAUCCUCUCACAGCUCAACAUUCAUCCACCACAGUUUUGAAUUAUAAAAUUGCUCCACUGCUCCCCAAGGGGAUAGGUGAAAUGCAGAGGUAAAUUCCUCGAGUGUGAGAUCAAUAAAGUUGAAUUAUUAAUAUUAUUAUUAAAAUGCUCUGGCUAUUUUUCUUACUUGUUGACCCACACUGCGGUACAAAUAGUUUUUUUUAGACUGUAUUCAAGUUCUGAUUUGUUAAAAACCACAACAGACUAGAAAAACACUCAGAGAGCGCAGACCUUAGCCAAGCAGCUAAUUUUGCCUAAUGUUCGGGGAGUGUUGGCCUAGUGGUUAGAGCAGGGCGCUUGUGCAAUUACCUGGUUCAAUCCCCACAGCCUACACUCUGGGUCCCUGAGCAAGACCCUUAACCCCACACUGCUCCCCGGGCGCCACACAAUUGCAGUCCACUGCUCCCUGAGGGGAUGGGUUAAAUACAGAGGUAAAUUCUCCACUGUGAGAUCAAUAAAGUUCAAUUAUUAUGAUUACUAUAUCGUGACCUACACCAAUAGUUAAAAUAUGCACGUCUGGAUCAUGACUUUUGGAGUCCAAUGCUGCCAAUAGUCACUGCUGAAACCCUCUGGUUUAGGCAUGGGUGCUGCUUGUUUCCUCCAUAAAAUACUAUCUCACAAUGUUAAAAUUCCUUUAUAAAAAUCUGGUAUUCAGAUUAUGAUCUGGAAAAUCAGCAACAUUUAAUAGAUUGUUCCUCCGCUUAAGUCGCACCUCUGUUAAAAAUGUCAUUCUAGUCUGUUUAUAGCUUUUUAAGUUAUCCUGUAAACAGAGACAGACAGAGAGACAGACAAACACACGCAAACUCUUAUGAAAACAUAACCUCCUUGGGAGAGGUAAUAAGUUAUUGAGGGUCCAGGGCACAUUACUGUACUUGUGUGAUGAUGAUUGCUUCAUUAAUAUUACCCCAAAAAAUGUUAAACCUAAAGUUCUACAAAUUUUUACCAGCUAUAUCACCCCUUUAUGUUUGUAGAUUCUGGUACACGUGUAUGCCAUAGCUGACAAAUGUCUCACUUAAUGUUUUUUUUUUUUUUUUUUUUACUUCUUAGAGGUGGAGUUUAGGAAUACAAUUAUAUGUUUGGGACUUUUAUAUAUAUAUUUUUUUAUAUUUUUUUUCAGUUGGAGGAAAACUGUCAGAAAAUUUAAAUGGUAAACCUGUUGCAUCUUAGUCAAGCUGUCUCAUGUAUGUAAGAUUUCUCAAUAUUUUUGGUCAGUAUUGCUUUUUUAACAACUUUCUUUCUUUUUGAUUAUGAGAGGGAAUGCUGUUUUAGUGGUAGAUUUCUAUAAAAUGACUUUUAAAAUUGAAAUAAAAAAAUGCUUUUUUAUUAUUAUUAAUAUUAUUUUGAUUUUACUUGUGCCAACAGCCUGUUCAAAAAGUGAAUAUAGAGAAAUAUGCUGUAACAGAAUAAGAGAUUGUUUUUCAUGUAAGCAUUCUUUCAUGACCUUUAAAAGAUAUGGAGAUUGAUUAUAGAGACCAGAGUUUGUAGUUCAAACACAAAA